AUGGCCCCAGAAUUGAGAAAGAGAAAGUCCGUUUCGGACAUCAAGAAGCCCAACGGCGCUGCCAAAGCUGCCCAGCCUAAGCGAAAAGCCCCCGAGGAUGCGUCACCUGUGUCGCUGAAGAAGCAAAAGUCUGUCAAGAAGACUGUUGUCACAAAAAAGGCCGAUACCAAGCCGGCGCAAAAGUCCAAGAGCAAGCCCGAGGAAGUCAAGGUCGUCGAGGAGGAAACCACCACACUCGAUAUCCCCGAUGAGUCUUCCGAUUCUGAGGCUGAGGAGGGCAAGGAAGUUCAGGCGAUCGUGAAGGAGCUGGACUCUGACGACGAGGAUAUCACCGAGGGCGAUUCUAGCUUCAAGCAGGGACAGGAUGUCGGCAAGAUCCCCAAGGUCUCCAAGGAGGUUCAGAAGGCCGCCAAGGCUUCCGACGAGGAGGCUGGAGUUAUCUACAUUGGCCGCAUUCCCCACGGUUUCUAUGAGCAUGAGAUGAGACAGUACUUUGAGCAGUUCGGCCCCAUCGUUGCGCUACGACUUUCCCGAAACAAGAAGACUGGUGCCAGCAAGCAUUACGCCUUCGUCAAGUUCGAGGAGGCCUCUACUGCCGAGAUCGUGUGCAAGACCAUGGACAACUACCUUCUGUUCGGCCACAUCCUCAAGUGCCGAAUGAUCCCCAAGGAGCAGGUUCGUGACGAUUUGUUCAAGGGCGCCAACCGGCGAUUCAAGAAGGUUCCCUGGAACAAGAUGGCUGGCCACAAGCUUGAGAAGCCUUUGACCGAGUCUGCAUGGGCGAACAAGGUCACAAAGGAGAACUCCAAGCGCGCAAAGAAGGCUGCUAAGCUUAAGGAGCUUGGUUACGAAUUCGAUGCCCCCGAGAUCAAGGACGUGCCAGCCCCCGCUGCUAUUGAGAACGGAGAGAGCGAGACCAAGGCCAUUGAGGAUGCGCCCGCUGAGAAGGAGGAGGAGCCCAAGGUUGAGGAGCCUGCUGAGGUCGUUGAGACAGUUGUCGAGGAGAAGACUGAGGUUGUUACCGAGGAGAAGCCAGCUCCCAAGGCCAAGGGCAAAGCCGCAAAGGGCAAGGCAACAAAAGCAGCCAAGGGCCGAAAGGCAAAGGCUUGA